AUCUAUUUACAAAUGGUUUGUUAUUUUUGAUUGGGUUUAUAUCGAGGAGGUUCUUGACCUGGUUGUGAUUUUAAACAUUCAAAAAAGACACCAAAAGGUUUAAUGAUAUCAAAAGCUAACAGCCCUUCUAAAGCAUCUUCGAGGUGUCCAUUACAACGAUGUUGAUGAGGCUUUGUGUCGGGUGUGUCACUGUGUUUAUUGAAAACAAAAGGUUUUUGCUUGUCUUCUGACAUGAGAAAAAAGAGUAUAAAAAGUUUUUUUUUUUCUCCCUGGCGUACCUAUUUGAACCAUUCAUUUUCGAUCUCCUUUUCUAUACUCUUUGACUCUGAUGAAUCCUUUUACUUUAGGAUCGUUUGAUAUUCAACAAUUUGACUCGAUCGUGCAUAGUUUUUAUGAAGGCAAUAACAAUACGGAGCGACAAAAAGCACAGGUAGCAUUGACUACUUUUCAGAGUGAUCCGAAUGCAUGGCAGCUUGUGGAUCAUAUUCUAGAGCAAUCGAGUAGUCUGCAAGCCAAAUUUAUAGCAUUGGGAGUACUUGAGGAAUUUAUCAAGGUCAGAUGGAAUGCACUACCUAUGGAUCAAAGGCUCAUGAUGCGCAAUUAUAUUGUCAAGAGCAUUAUCGACAUUGCUUCAAAUGAAUCCACACUUCGAUCACACACAGCUUAUUUGAACAAGCUGGAUUUAGUACUUGUUCAGAUACUGAAGAAAGAUUGGCCACAGUAUUGGCCUUCUUUUAUUCAAGAGAUUGUUGAUUCAAGUGCCACAAGUAGUAGUCUAUGUGAAAACAACAUGAAGAUACUCAAAUUUCUAAGUGAAGAAGUGUUUGAUUUCUCUAUGGAUCACAUGACUCUGUCAAAAAUGACAAAGCUAAAGAAUCAGAUGGUGAAUGAAUUUGGCACUGUCUUUGAUUUAUGUAAACGAGUACUUUCAAGCCCUUCUAAUGGUAUACAUUUGAUUCAUGCCACAUUAGAAACACUGUAUCGAUUUAUCAGUUGGAUUCCUAUUCAGUUUGUGUAUCGACAAGAUUUGAUUCAAAUUAUUGAAGCCAACCUCAGACAAGCAACAUCACCCGCACAAAAGAAUUUAGCACUCCAAUGCUUUACAGAGAUCAUUGGACUGAAUUCGGUAGACACACAACAAUACAGUGAUAUUAUCUUGAAUAUCUAUUCCAUUGUCUAUAGUGAAAUGGUGCCAUUCGAUACACAAGUCCAUGAUAUAUCUGAUCCAUUUAUAGAGACCUUGGCUAUCUUUCUAACUACCAUCUUGGGCAAAUACAGAACAUUGAUUGAAUCAACAGAAAGUGGUAGUGUGUACCAUGCGCUGGAAUACUUGUUGAGCGUAUCUCGUAUUCCUGAAAGGGAAAUAUGGAAGAUUUGUCUAGAAUAUUGGGGGAAAUUAGCGUACGAUAUUGUACAAGAUUCAAACCAUGGUCAAUCGUCUCCUUAUCAAGCCAUUCUAAAAGAACUGGCUCUAGUCAUGGUAGACAAUAUGGUCAAACCUGACGAUGUAUUGAUCAUAGAAAACGAUGAUGGAGACAUCAGCCGAGAAUUCAUCAAACAGAGCGACACCACUGUCCUCUCAAGAUCCAUGCGACAUGUGUUUAGUCUGUUGACAAGCCUGGAUCCAGUCUAUAUCCAGACCAUGAUACGCGAUAAACUCCAUCCAUUCCAGCUGAACAAGACACCCGCUUGGUCAUGGAAUCAACUCUUUCAUGUCUGUUGGGCCAUUGGCUCUAUUUCAGGUGCCAUUACAGAACAGCAAGAAAACGAGUUUUUAGAGUCGAUUGUCUUGAAAGACUUGGUUGGGUUGUUGCCAAAAGAAGGCACAGACAGUGAUCAGGAAUGGGUGGUGGCUUCUUGUGUUUUAUACAUUGCUUGUCAAUAUCCUCACUUUUUAAAAUCGCAUUGGGAUUUUACUUCUUUCUUACUGAAAAAGAUUGUUGUUUAUAUGCAGCAUGAACAAUUGGCUAUCAGAGAAAUGGCUUGUGAUUCAUUCUUGAAGAUAUGUCAGUGCUGUAAAGAAGAGCUGGUGAUGCCACAUCAAUUGUCGAACGGACAGAAUGAAGUUUCUGCUUUGGCUUCCUUUUUGAGUUUAUUAGCCUCGAUUGUUGUUGGCCUUGAUGCUCAUCAGUCUAGCAUGGUCUAUGAAGCCAUGGGUACCUUAAUUUCCACUUCAGUAGAUCCUCUUGUACAACAGCAAUCCAUUCGUCUCUUGAUGCACAUGCCAAAUCAAACAAUUAAUCAAACGCUACUUGGCUUUGACAGUACAGUCCAAUCACUUAAGACCAUCAUUCAAGUAUUACGAGUUAAUAUUGCUGUAUGUAAACCAGUAGGACCUAUCUUCAAGACUCAGUUACAAGAAACAAUACCCAUGUUGACACAGUGCUAUGAACUUGCCAGUCAACAUAUCAACCACCAUGAUGCACAAGUGCAACUCUAUCAUCGUAUUCGAAAAUUGAUUCUUGAGCUACUCGAGACUUUCUUUUUGUCUCAUGAAAAGAUGGACAUGCAAGAUCAAACUAUGCUCUUUCAUCUUGUGCGUGCUAUCUUAAUGGACUAUAGAAACUGUAGUGAUCUCUCCAAGCGAGAACCAACUGUCUUGAGUUUACUUACGAGUUUAUUUGAGAAAAUACAGGACCCCAUCUGGCCAGAUUUAUUAGAAGAGACCAUUGAUAUUGAAUUCAGGUCCACACUGCCUAUGAUCACAGCCAACUUUGUUGAUUAUCCUGAAUUUAGACAUGAAUUCUAUCGAUUAUUACGAGUAUUAAACAGAAGAUGCUUUCUUAACUUGUUUCAAUCAUCUCAACUCUUUCAGCUUAUGAUUGAUAGUAUGAUGUGGGGAACAAAGCAUACAGUAAGAGAAAUAUCCCAGAUGGCUCUCCAGACAUGUUUAGAUAUGAUCAAUACAGUAGCACGUAUGGAAGACGAAGAUAUUUCAAGUCAAUUCUUUGAGACAUUCUAUGUACGCAUUCUGACAGACAUUUUGGAAGUGCUGGUAGAUCCUGACUGUCGCAAUGGAUUCAACUAUCAAAGUCAAUUGUUGUCUCGCAUGUUUGAAUUAGUACAAGAAGGCGAGAUUUAUACUCGCUUGUUUGAUCCUAAUCAAGUAUCAGAUCCACUCAUGUCCAAUGUUGAAUUCUUGCAACAGUAUGUCUUGAAUUUGUUAUGCAAUGCUUUCCCUUUGCUUUACAAGGAUCAAAUUGAAGUACUUGUGAUGGGAAUGUUUGAGUACAGUGGUGAUUUACAACGAUUUCAAAAUGAUAUUCGUGAUUUCUUGAUUGACAUACGAGAAGUAGGUGAAGCUUCUGCAGGACAACAAAGAGAUCAAGAAAAGAUCAAUGCAGAGCUAGAAUUGUUAAGACAGUUGUGA